AUGGAUAUAAUGCAUAACAUCACACUGGAGAGACAGAAGUUUUAUGCGAGCCACGAUUUUAAGAAGUCUGCUGAAUCGGAUGCCGUGGAGGUGGUGUACACGUGGAAGAUGGACUUCAACCGCAGCAUGCUCGGCGCGGCGACGCUGCUGGUGCCGCGGCCGCCGACGCCGGCGCCCCCCGCUGCCGGGACCGCCCCAGCCCCGACGAUGCCGCUGUGGGCGCACAACGCGUGGGUGUGCCUCUUCGCCGCCAUGCUGGCCACGAAGUGCAAUGACGCCUUUGUACCCCAACCCCCCCGUCCCUAG